UACAAGACGAUGCUCAAAUUCUUGAAAGACAAUGUGCUGUCCAUCGAGCAGUUUAUUGAUAUCGGGUGCAUAGAUCACCCCGCCGCGCUGCAUCGGAUACACAUUGGAUUGCCCGCGACCGUUGAGCACUCAAGCGAAGCAAGGCAAGAGACGGCGAAGUGGGUCACGGAGACGACCCGGUUAUGCACCACACCUCCAAACUUCAUCACCUUCGUCGAUGCGUUGAAGCUGCGCAUGCGCGCAGAGGAUCAGCUGUACUCAGUCCUCAAGGAUCUAGUCACGAGCUGUGCACGCUUCAAACGCAGCAAGGAC